UAAAUGCAUUAGUAUGCAGUGCGUCAUCAUCGCCUCAGUAGAGUCUUCCUAAUGGAGUGAAAUCCUUAGCAUUUUCAUUAGCAUUAUCUAAUUUUUUUCAUUAUUUAAAAAAAAAACACACACACGCAUACGAUCACGCAUUCAUUUCAGAAAAUUCCUUUGGAAAGGCCAUACCGAACAAAAAUGCCAGCAAAUUUAUUGGUAGCAAAGCGAAGUUACGCUCGCGCUAAAACAGCUGUUGUGAAACGCACAUGGACUAGUGUCGCCCGUGGCUUAAAACGGAUCAAUAAACCAGCCACCCGUGUGAAAUUUAGCGCCGAGCGAAAAAAUCCUCGUGUAACACCGGCACAGCGCCGAGAACAGCUGCAAAUAACGGCUGAAGUAGAUAACGACGUACUCACCAUUGAUGAAAAGGUUGAGCUGCCCAAUAACAAUCAACGCGGUCACCUUCUUCGACAAUCAACGUUAAAACCGUCACCAAGUGAAAAACCAUCACUUCCAAAACCAGAUAACAUUCCGAUAAAUGGCAUUGAUACCGUAAAGCGAGUGAUUCGGAUCGUAGCGAAUACUCCGGCAAAAGAAUCACCAAAGGAAGUAAGCAUUGGUAUUCAGGUGGGCCCUCCAUUCAAACGACAACCACCGCCAGUUGUCGUACCGUCAGGAGAGCCACCGUUGCGGUCGUAUUGGACUCACAAGGUAAACCUGCCGUAUCCACCAGCACAGGCGCCCGUCCAUCAGCCACAGUUGAUUCAACAACCCAUUCAUUUUCUUCAUCAACCAACUCACUUUCAACCACCAAUUCACUACCCUCAACCGGAACACUAUUAUCAAGAGCAACUACCAAUUCUGUAUCCAUAUCCAUCCAUUGUGCAAUACCAAGUGCAGCCAUAGCUGCCGGGACACUUGACUGGUUUGACGCGUAAACAAAAACGGAAUAUCGUCAAAAGAGAAAAAUACAACGCUCGCCAUCAAUGAAAUUGUACAAGUAUUGCUCUGUGAAUAAAUAAAGAGACACUCAGAGAUAUAUUGAAAAAAAAA